UUCCACCACAGUGAGGCGACAUAAUAAAAACAGUCUUCAGCUUCAGGAGGUGCAGAAAUGUCUUUUCUGUGCUCUUUGACUCUUUACAACAGGAAGUAAACAGGAACAAUAACUGAACCUGACCGGUGAUAAUUAAGAUAACAUACCUCUGUAUCAGUGUCAGUAACGAUGGAGGAAUAUAACUCUGGAGAUGAGGUUGUCUUCAAUGCCGACGAGGUUAAUAUCUCCGUUAAAGAGUGUAUAGAAGGUGUUAUUGGUGGAACAGAUUACAACCAAAGUAAAGUGAACCAGUGGACGGCCAGUAUAGUGGAGCACUCUCUGACUCACCUGGUAAAACAAGGACGGCCGUUCAAAUACAUAGUAAACUGUGCUGUCAUGCAGAAGAGCAGCGCUGGUCUCCACACAGCCAACUCCUGCUAUUGGGACACUGCCACUGAUGGAAGCUGCACAGUGAGGUGGGAGAAUCGCACCAUGUACUGUGUGGUCAGUGUGUUUGCUGUUGCUGUGGCGCUGUGAGCUGCUCUCUCUCUCCUAACACCAUCAUGUCUGAAGCUUGAAAUGGCACGGUGACCAAGAAGCCAUGAAGAUCCUCUGUAUGUACAAGUAGCUUAUUUCUCCCUACAGGCUUGAACAACUUAAUGUCAGGAUAAGAAUUGUGGUUUGCGAGUUGACAGCCUGCGUUUGUGUGAGAAAAUGUUGCUUUGUCAGGACCAAAGUCAGAAUUCAACGCUGAAGCAGUGACUUAUUUGGUCAGCAGAUGUUAAGAAGUUAAAACUAAAUAUUUUUGUCCCAAAUUUUGUAAUCUGUGUAUAACGUAAAGCCUGAUUAGUUUUAGCCAUGCUAGCAGCAAGACUCUGGGGAUGGAAGUGUCAAUCAGUCCACCACUUUGGUCCAGACUGAAAUAUCUCAACGACAAUUGGAUAUAUUGACAUUACAUUUGCUACACACAUUCAAGCCUCCAUCAGGAUAAAUUUUAAUGAGUUUGGUGAUCCUCUGACUUUUCCUCUAAUGUUAUCAUCGGGUCAAAAUCUGAUUAGUCCAAUACUUGUUACUAACUAAAUUUCCAUCAGCCUCAGCACUACUUUGUGAUUAGCAUGCUGACGUUAGCCUUUUGCUUUAAGCACUGCUUUGCCGAAGUACUGCCUCAGGGAGCUGCUAGCAUGGCUUUAUACUAUUUUCAUUUGUCUCCUUCAGUACAUUCCCUCAUGAAACAGUUGCUGUAGUUUGAUAUUUAUGAAAAGUCUGACUGUUGUGUUUUAGUAGUGUAGUGUCCUCUGUGUCCCCCCUUUUGGGACAAUGUGUCUGACUCCAAUAAAAGACCUACUGUAUAUA